UCUCAGUCUCAUUCAAACUGGUCGGGGAGUCUAAAUUUAGCCCUCCACCAGGCCGGCUUGUUGAAAAAUUGAUCGAUAGUGGAGUCGCUGCUAUAGUAACAGUCACAGUUUUAAUGGUGGUCAGGUGUCACCGGAUCUCCAGCCAAGCAGAUAGUGAAGGAGAGAGCCGGCUGCGGCCACAUGGAAAAACAGAGCCAUCUGUAGAGGCACUGACAUGUCCAGGGGCGGUAAUAGAACAGAUAAGGCCGAUGACAAGGUGGAGCGGUGUGUCCGUGGGAGCUGGUGGCUAGGAACACUGAAAGACACUCCCAACCCAGGCCUCUAUCACAUCCGUGACUUCCUGGAAGAAGCUGAGCUGAACCCGGUGAGGAAGACGUACGGCUUUAAAAGCGUGGGGAGGAAAGCUCAAACUCUGGGUGUGCGUAAGGGGGAUCUGCUUCUGCCAGGAGCGUACGACUACAUCGACUCCAUCCAGGAAGUUCUGACAAACCGGGCAUCGUACUCUUUCAAGAACUGCCCGCGGCCGGACAUCGUCACACUGGGAAUCAGGGACAAGCAUAUAAACACUUCACCCUGCGACUACAAUGUGACUGAGAAAACGGUGGAGAAGACUCCCUGCAAGCAUGUGAUGUUUCGCUCGACUGUGCAGCGGAUCAGCUUUCCACCUAAGGAGGGUCCGGCUCCGUGUCAGUAUGAUCCACAGUCCAGACCCUCGAGAGGCGUCACGUCCUGCUUCAGAUCCAGAUUACCUCGGCUCCACUUUGAGCACUCAAACACUCCUGGACCGGGCGCCUACGAGCCCAGCUGGAAGUUGGGCGACCGUCUGAGCAAAGACGCCACCUCAGAUCCGUCAUUCAGCCUCUUCUUCCGCAACCUCUAGUGUGGACUUCAUUUCCCACAAUGCCUUGUUUCCAGCUCCUCAUCCUCACCACUAUGUAACAUGAGCCGUAUUCGAUUAAAGGUAAAAUGUGGAAGAGAAAUAUGCAUUCCAGGUUUUUAUUAAUUACUUUUUUAUUUAUAUACUUUGACUAAUUGUUGUGGAAAUUUCCGAGUCUGUUGGGGCCGUAGUCAAAAAUCGAAUGGGGCGCCCUCCACCCAGCGUUCAUCACCAUCAUGUCUGCCAGUUCCUGCUUAGACGCUUACUCCUCUCCCUCUUUUUACCCCUCCUAUAAACGAAUAAUUCCUCUUCA